AUGGUUUUAAUAAAUUUCUAUCACAUUUAUUUUUGUUCUUAUUUGAAUUAAUAAUUAUGUGGAGUAGUGGAACUGUCAAAGCUACUUUACACAAUGAAGGAACUCCAGUUUUUGUCCCACGGUUCGAACUUAAAAUCUAAAUUCUCGGCAUAGGGCUAAAUAUAAUUGUAAAAGGUUAGGGAAAUUUAUUUACUUAUAGGGAUAUUAUCUAAUGGGAGGUUAUAAUAUCCAUAUUUUUCACUUAACCCAAAGAAAGCUCUUGAGAUCUUAUUAAAUUACAUCUAGGGAAUAUCUGAGUCUUCAAUAACUAUCAUUUGGGCCUAUGGUUUGUAUGAAUAUUCAGUGAUUUAUUUUACUGAUAUUAAUUAUUAAGGCAGAAAUUUAGCACUAAAGUUUUAUGAGUUAAACUCUGAUGCAUCUGCAAAGGAUUAAUUAUCUAAGGCAUAGUUUUCCUCUGAAAAUUAACUUUCCUCCUAUUGUUAACUACUCACUACUUCACUAGAUGAAUCAAUGGAUUAUUUGGGAAUUUAAGAGUCUCUAAAAACUCGAACAAAAUUUCUGGGACGUGGCCUAUAUGGUUAUUCCAUAUGCCAACCAUGUGGAACUAUAAAGGCACAGUCAGAUUAAGGGGUCUAUUCAUCUAAUUUUUAAUUAUCAAGGAAAGGUCCAUAAUUACUAGUCUAAAGUAGACUUAUCCAUUUUUUUUUAGAAUUAAUGAUUUCACUAAUGAAUUGAC